UUGGUCGUUACGAAUGGCGUCGCUGAACACAUUUUUGCUGUGGCUUUGCUUUGUCUCGCUUGCCAUUUCAAUUUAUGUUAUUAUGUAAGCACAAAUUUGCGCGCUUGGAUUACAGGAGGUGGUGAUUCUAACAUGCCCAAAAUAACACAAACGUUUCCUGUUGUGGCCUUGCAGCGAUUGCAGAAAACUUAUGGUGUGAGUAGAAAGUGUGCAAAUGUUAUACUUCUGAAGCAACAGGAAAUAAGAGAAGAUGAUGAUUAUGAUGUGAUGUCUACACUUGGAUUGCUGCAUAAAUGGAAACUGGACUUGGAGCUGGUGACCCGAUUUCCCCAAAUCCUGAAGCGGCCACCCUACGCUCUCGACCAUCACAAACACAUUCUGGAAGAAUGUGGCAUCACUGUGGGCGUCUCCAGCCUGGCUUCCUACCUGAAGGUGAACCGUUCGUUCCUGUUCGCUCUAGAGGCGCACGGAGCCAUCCCGGCGGGCCAUGACGUCAUCGGCAGUCUGUGCCGGUCAGUGGAGCUGGCGCCGGCCGUGGAAGACACCGUCAGGGGCUCGCUGGGCUCGGUCCAGUCGCGCACACUGCUGGAUGUGCGCCUGGCUGUAUUCCAGCAGUACCUGCGCCAGCGGCUGGACUGCGACGCCAGCGACGCUGAGGCCAUGAUCACCAAGUAUCCGCGAAACCGGCACAAGAGCCUGCGACUGACUGCGCGCAUACUGAAGCUCCUGGAGGCACAGGGACUCGCCGCCGAAAAGAUUGUGCGCAACCCGUACCUGCUGAACACCCACCCUGACCAGCUGGAGGCGCUGCUGGAGAACUGUCCUACCGUGGCCAGCACCGACAUCCGAGAGAUGCUGCGCAAGGUGCCGCGCAUCGCCUACAUGCCCUGGCACAACACGGCACAGAUCGUCAGGAUCGUGGAGGAGUUUGGGUUCUCGGAGCAGACGGUGCUGAACGGCGCCGAGGUGUUCACGCUGGCCGCCGACACAGUGCGAGAGAGGCUGGCACUCAUGGCAGAGAUCCCGGAGCUGUGGGCGAUGCGGCACAACAAGAACUUCUUCAAGAUGGUGUUCUCGUUCCAGCGCACGCUGAACCGGCUCUCCUACAUGCGCACCAUCAACAUGCGCUGCUUGAGCGUGCACCUGUUGAGUACCUUCUACCCCAUGUUCCGACGGUACGUCAGCACCGGCGAGGACCGCACGGGCGGCGCCGACCUGGCCACCUACCUGAGCGAGCGGCUGUCGGUGCCGGCGGCGGAGGUGUGGCGUCAGUUGCGCCACCACCCCCACUGGCGCGCCGUGCCGCUGCUCACCGUCUCUCAGACCACCGAGGCGCUGCUGGACGCCGGCUUCAGCGCCGCCCAGGUACGCCACGCGCUUCACCUCACCCUCUAUCCGGAGAGGAGAGCGCUGGAGGCGGCGCGCGACGCCGCUGACGCUGCCGUAGUGCCGGACGAGUACGUCCUCCAACUGGCACUGUACCGUCUCGAGCGGGAGGGACACUUCUCUGGUACGGGAGUGUUUGCGUUCGCUGCCGACAGGCCGGCCGUGGCGGUCGGCAGUGGGGCGCCGGCCGAACUGCCGGUGGAGGAGGGCCGGGUGCCCCGCCGCAGCGCCCGGGUCGAGGGUCGGUGACGGCCGGCGGACCCCCCGCGCCAGGUGCCCUCAGAGUGAUGCUAGUCGGCCGUAAUGGGAACUUUAUGAGUGCAAUGAGUGGCAUCUGUGGUGCUUCGUCAGGCGAGGUUUUACAAGUGUUUUGAGCGUCUGUGCCAUGCUUUGUGUUGUUUAAUGCCAGGAUCUUUAUACACUUCUUAUGAGUGAGGACUGAGAAUAUAAGACUACGGUACGAA